UCCGUCUGAGAAGAAAGUUCCUGAUUUCAUCCAGGCAAGUUGCCUCCUAUUUCUGCCGCUUUACCUCACGUCCGGACAGCCAAAGUUUGGAAUAAUCGGCUAAACAACCAGCUUUGAAGGGAAGAGGCGUUUUCGACAACAUAUCCUGGACUUUUUCCUUAAAAAAAUUAUGCAAACUCUCUGACCUUGUGAGCAGUGCAGCAGGCCUGACCCAAGCCGCGGGACUGACAAAAUGCGCUCCAGUGUUGCCGUGCCACCAAGCCCCACUGGCAAUGGCGGCAACAAUGACAACAACAACAAUACUGGAAACUCGGGGUCCCAGUAUGCACUGUGUGCCCUGGGGGUUGGACUGGUAGCCCUCGGGAUUGUGAUGAUCGUGUGGAGCGUGGUACCUGCAGAUGCUGCCGGGAACAGCAGCAGCAGUGCAGGUGGAGAGGGAGGGAGUGAUGGUGGUGGGAAGCUCGACAACCGCUACAAAGCAUCUUCUGUGGCCUUCAUCUUAGUGGGGUCUGGAGUGGCCAUGCUGCUGCUGUCCCUAUGUCUGGGGAUGAGGAACAAACAGCUGGAGCAGCAGCACAGACUCCAGCAAGCCCAGAACCAGGCAGGAGGAGGAGAUCAGGAGGACAGAGAAACUGCUGAGGAGCAAGCCCAGCGUUAUGCUGUGCCCAGUUACGAAGAGGCAGUGGGCAGCGGCCAGUACCCCGUCCGCCAGAGCAAUCUGCGCCACAGCUCCUCCCAGCUGCCCUCCUACGACGACCUGGUCCAGGUGGACAGGGUGCAGUACGAGUUCGAAGGCUCAGAGUUCUCGCCUUCAGGGUCGCAGCCUGCUCCUGCUCCUGCCGGCCCCACCGCUGGUCCCGCCGCCGGUCCCUCUGCAUCCAGUCGUAGAGCUCCGAAAACCAGCCGCAAGCUCCUCCCGCUCAAGAUCCGCAGGAUUAAAUCGGAGAAGCUGCCCAUGAAAAACAAUGAGAAUUCUCAGUCAGCGGCUGGAAUCAGUAUAGAACCGCUCACACCACCGCCGCAGUAUGACGAUAAGGUGGCUCCUCUUUGAGACGAGGCAGUCCAUGGUCAAAGCAAAGUUACUGCAACUCCUGGAAUCCAUGGUGAUCGCCUUUUGUGGCUCUGCCGUGUCAUGCAGACACAUGAAGAAGGCACUUGAGACAAUGCAUCCCUCGCAGAGUGUUUUCAGUGGCACUUUUCUCAUAAAGUACCUGUUCAAAUUUUACAUUUCAAGCCAUAUCACUCCAAAGAAUUAAACAGAAAACUUUUUGUUUGUUUGUUUGUUUUUUUACAUUUUGGAUCUUACUGGAUAUCUGAGAUGGCAUCAGAAUUAUUGAACAAAGUCACUGGAUACCCUUUUUGAGUGUGAUGGAUCAAGCUCAGUUUGAGGCACAUUGGAUAAAGGAUCACACCAAAUAUAAUCAUCUUCUGUGUCAAAGUAUCAGCAAAUGUAACAUUUGUGUGUUACCUAAAGUGUGUAUCUGUGUGAGUUGGCAGUGCAGUUUAACAUGAGUCCUUACUGUGGGGUUUUGGUAAGGAUUUGUUCGUGCACACUUAAAUAGAUCUGUGUUUGGCACUCAUUUUCUGAAGGGGCUACAUUGUGGGCAGUGUUUCCUCCCUGGGAGGCCAAAGAGUGUAUCACUUCUGCUGCCAGAGGUUUACCAAGCACAGGCUGCACAGAGAGUGACUGUGUUGUACGUACUGGAUAGACUUGGCAGAAUGUGGGAUCAUGCUACAGUGCAGAAAGCCUUUCUCUCUGUUAAAGAAGCUGUUCUCCCAAAACACAAAAAAAAGAUGGUUUCCUACUUACCCCUACUGCAAUCUAUCCAUCCAGGUAGCUCCUGUGUGAUUUAGCAAGGUCUCCAGUCUGUUGCGAUUUUCCCUCUCUCCUGCAAUCCCAGUUUAAUUGACGGGUAUUCAUUUAUUGUGCUAAAAAUUUACUUGAGGGAAGAUAUUUUCCAACAGCUCUUUCCAAAAACAAAAAUGACACAGAUACCCAGAAUAAUCCACAGCCCUCAGGGGCGAAGAGUUUCACUGGGAACUGUUUUCUUCCAAAGCGACUGUCAAACUGUAUUUAUCUGCCUCUGAUCAGGAAAUAGUCCCCAGUGAAACCAGUACUCAUCCAGUCCCAUUGUUUAGUGGUGCUGGGAGACUUGGAAGACCAUGGCAGACAGGAAACCUCGUAAAAUCAUGUGCAUAGAUAGAUUGAUUGCACCGUGGCAGGGGUAAGUGGAAAAUAAUGUUUUUUGUAUUUAUUGUCUUCCGUUCUUCCACAGGGUUGCAGCAAGUGAGAGAAAAGUUUGAUUAGUGUUAACUGUGUUUGUCACGUAGUUACUUUCCUUACUUUUCCUUUACUGUUAGUCAUUACUCAUUUUUUAUUGAGCAGAAGACUUGAUGCUGAAUCAGCACGUCAUUCUGCACUAAAUGCUUUGCCACAGUGUUAAUGUUGUCAUAAAAGGAAUGUUAAUGAUACCUGAUUGCAGGUCUAACUUUGUCAUCAAGUUGUGCAAUUCAAAGUUAUACUCUCCUGUUAAAAGUUAUGACACUGUUGUUCCUCUUCCGGCAUGUCAGAAGAGACUUUAUGACUGAACCCAAGCUCUGAUGUUGCCUUGCCAGUGUUUGCUCUCUUGCAAACAGAGGCCAGUGGAGGAAGCAUGAGAGAGCAUGAUGGAAGGAUCUAGUGAACAAGGGCUCGGUGAAUAGUUAGAAGCCUUUGCCCUGUAACCAUGGUGAACGCAGUCGGGUAGUGAAGGCAGUAGUGUAGUCUCAGCUUCUAUCUCUGCUUGUCUUUUUUUGUCUUUUUGUCCUUAUUCGAGAUGAGCAACAGAAAGGCUCUUUCACUGAGCAGCUGUGCCAUCAUAAUGGCAACUAUUGCUCACUCACUUGCCCAUGCACUUUCCUAGCCAUAGCUUGACUCACGGCACUGUUUUCACUUAGAGUUAUGCAGAGAAUGAACAGAAAAAAAGGAGCACAGCCCGAGGCUCUAUCCAGGGAGCUGGUUUUAGUUCCUGCAGCUUCUUCUGUUUUAUGUGCCUAUCCACAGACUGUUUUUACUCCUUCAGGUUAAACGUGUGUAGAUAUGAACAGCUGAAGCCAAGUAAAAUGGUUUGAAAAUUGCAUAAGUUGCAUUUAGGUUAUUUUUGUCUGACAUUACAAAUUAUGGUGAGGCGUGCUCAUUUGGGGUUUCCUGUUUUGUUUUUUGUGGCACAUGUGGUGCGUUCAUUAGUGCCCAGUUUGCUGCAUUAAAGUGAUGAUGAAAACUCCAAGAAAUGAACGCAAGAUGUCCCGAUGUCAUCCCUUCGCAUUAAAUAUUGUAUCACUGUGUUUCAUUUCAUGCAAAAGGCACCGAGUCACAGUGUUUCGUCAGUGGAAUUUGCAAGAGUCAUGGCAGCAAGACUCGUUUUCAAGUUGAAACCUCACAUUAUUUGUCAUGUUCUGUACCUCAUUUGCAAAGGACCAGUCGCAGUUGUAAUUACAUUUGUUCAGCUGUCAUGUAGUAAACCAUUUUGCAUUGAUGAAAUAGUGUUUUGAUUUAGCAGUCAGUUUUUAUGUUUUAUUUAGAUCAUUGUCCAUUCAAAACACAUUUUUAUUGUUUCAUUGUUGCUUUUUUAUAUGCCUUAAGUCUGUAUUUCUUUUAUAUGUACUGUCACGACCUGGCUCAAAGGAAGGACACAAUGUGGAAACCACACAUUGACUCUUAAAAGUAAAAUAAAUUUAUUGAAAUAUGCAGUCAG